CCACCCCCUAUACCUGUGCAACGCCAGCGACGACGACAAUCUGGAGCCUGGCUUCAUCAGCAUCGUCAAGCUGGAGAGUCCCCGACGGGCCCCCCGCCCCUGCCUGUCGCUGGCCAGCAAGGCCCGGAUGGCGGGGGAGCGGGGAGCCAGCGCCGUCCUCUUUGACAUCACGGAGGAUCGAGCUGCUGCAGAGCAGCUGCAGCAGCCCCUGGGGCUGACGUGGCCCGUGGUGUUGAUCUGGGGUCACGAUGCCGAAAAGCUGAUGGAGUUUGUGUACAAGAACCGAAAGGCCCACGUGAGGAUUGAGCUGAAGGAGCCCCCGACCUGGCCAGAUUAUGAUGUAUGGAUCCUCCUGACGGUGGUGGGCACCAUCUUUGUGGUCAUCUUGGCCUCGGUGCUGCGUAUCCGGUGCCGCCCCCGCCACACCAGGCCGGACCCCCUUCAGCAGCGAACAGCCUGGGCCAUCAGCAAGCUGGCCACCAGGAGGUACCGGGCCGGCUGCCGGGGCGCCAGGGAUGAGUGGCCAGACUCCGGGAGCAGCUGCAGCUCCGCCCCGGUGUGCGCCAUCUGCCUGGAGGAGUUCUCUGAGGGCCAGGAGCUCCGGGUCAUUUCCUGCCUCCAUGAGUUCCAUCGUACCUGUGUGGACCCCUGGCUGCAUCAGCAUCGCACUUGCCCCCUCUGCAUGUUCAACAUCGUAGAGGGAGAUUCGCUUUCGCAGUCCCUGGGACCCUCUCGAGCUUACCAGGAACCGGGCCGGAGGCUCCACCUCAUUCGCCAGCACCCCGGCCACGCGCACUACCACUUGCCCGCCGCCUACUUGUUGGGCCCUUCCCGGAGCGCGGCGGCUCGGCCCAGCCGGCCCGGCCCCUUCCUCCCAUCGCAGGAGCCAGGCGUGGGCGCCCGGCACCACCGCCAACCCAGAACCGCACACCCCCGGGCUCCGGGCGAGCCGCAGCGCCUGGCGGCGGCCCCGCACCCCUACGCGCCGGGCUGGGGGCUGAGCCAGCUCCGCUGCGCCUCCCAGCACCCGGCCACCUGCCCCGCGCCCCCUCGCCGGACCAGGCCCCACGACAGCAGCGGGUCCGGAGAGAGCUACCGCACGGAACGCAGCGGCUACCUGGCGGACGGGCCAGCCAGCGACUCCAGUUCGGGGCCCUGUCACGGCUCUUCGAGCGACUCGGUGGUCAACUGCACAGACGUCAGCCUGCAGGGCCUCCACGGCAGCAGCUCCACCUUCCGCAGCUCCCUGAGCAGCGACUUCGAGCCCCUGGUCUACUGCAGCCCCGACGGGGAGCCCGCGGGGAGGGCGGCUCCGCCUCGCCUGGCCUCCCGGCCCCGUUCUCUGGACUCGGUGGUGCCCGCGGCGGAAACGCAGGUUUCCAGCCACGUCCACUUCCACCGCCACCGGCACCACCACUACAGAAGGCGUUUCCAGUGGCAUGGCAGGAAGGCUGACCCCGAAACUGGAGUCCCCCCGUCCAGGCCUGCCGCUCCUCGGACACAGCCCCCGCCAGAGCCGCCUUCGCCCGAUCUGCACGCGGCCAGGUGCAGCCCAGCAGCGCUUUCAGGGCAGCCUCCCGCCCUGCAGCGGCCCCGGGCCCUCACCGAGCCAGCCCCCGGGCCACCCACCGCCUCCAGCCCCAGCCCUGCAGCCAACAACCUCUUCCACUUGCAGAAAUCCAGCCUCUCUGUCCGACACCCCCAGAGGAGACGGCGAGGGGGACCCCCGGAGCCCACCCCAGCCUCUCGAUCCCAGGACUUGCCUACCCACCCAACUUGCCAGAUUUUCCCCCAUUAUGGCCCAAGUCUGGCACACCCUUGGUCCCCAGAGGCCCACCCACUGAUCUUCGGACAUCCAGGCCUGGAGAGGAGGCUGCUACCAGAAGCCCCGGGCCCUACAUACCCGAGUUCCCAGCCAGUGUGGCUGUGUCUGACUCCACGCCAGCCCCUCGGACCGCACCCAUCUGGGGAGGGGCCUUCCGCAUGGAGUUCUGGCACCCCGGAGGGCAGGCCAUGCCCUUACCCACACUGCCAGGUGCUACCAGCCCAGCCUGGCACAGAAGAGGAACUGGAGGAGCUGUGUGAACAGGCCGUGUGAGAUAUUCAGUCCUGGCUCCAACCAAGAGUGCUCGCCGGAUGACUUGGGGCCCUCCCUGCCACAGAGUCCUGCUCCUCAGAAAAGAAAGGACUUCAGAAAACACCCCCACCCCCUUUUUUUUGCCAUAUUCCUGGAACCACUGGCAGAGGGUGGUGAUGGUGGGUGGCAGGUGUCCUCUCCUGCUCCCAGCUCCAGCCCUUGUCUGCAGAACUAUCUGUGUCCAGCCAGGCAACCAGCUACCACUGGUGUGGGUGGGCUCCUUUGCAGGCUGUGCUUUUCUGAGAGCAGGAAGCUAGGCACAGGUAGACAGGUGUGAUAAAGGUGGUGCUCCUUCCCCAGCCUGAGGACUUCUCCUUCAUCCCAGGCCUCAUGUUCAUACCAGCAAAUGGGUUCAGCUGAAUGAAUGAACCCUGCUUACCUCCUUCCUGAAGACAGUCUUGCACACCAGCUUUGGCUUCCCCUCAGUAAGGCUGCUGUAUCAAUGGCAAACCCGGUUCUUAUCAUUUUCCUUCUUUGCCAAAAGAUGAUGGGCUUUGCAGCCUCACCAGGCAUGGCCUGCCCUGGUGCACAAGAGGAGUUUUCCCUCCUUGUCCGUACUUGUCAGCUCCUCUGUAUUCAGUCCGAGGAGAGGCCAGGGUGUGCAGUCCCUGAGAACCUGGGGUGAAGCCUCUAAUCUUCAGGCUCCCUGGUCAUUCCAGCAGCCCCAGUCCCUCUGGGGGAGAGUGGUGGGGGUAGUGGGAAGGGACUCAUUCUUUCUUGGAGAUCACUUAGCUGAAAAUCCCAAAGGAAGUGGAAGAAGAGGAUUUCUGCUGGACUUUAUUUAGGAAGAGGGAGGAAGGGAUGAAGGUAGAAAAGGCUGAAUUACAGCUGAACAAAGAAUUUUUCUCUCGACAUUUCCUCUCGGAGCAGGGAUAGGGAGCAGGGGAGAACACAGGAGGAGCAGUUUGGGGCCCUUGGAUUAGAUGGCCCGGAGGCCCAGCUUCCCAGUAUAAGCCACGCAGGUCAGAUUCACACAGUGUGGAGCGGGGUCA